AGCUGUACUUAGAGCAAGCAGAGCACAUUGGCAGUGAUAUGAGAUAAAAGUUUCAGUGGACAAAUAAAGUGAAAGAAAUGAAAAAAAGGAAAACAAAAAGUGCUUUAAACUGUAAUACAAUACAGUUGUACAAUACAACUAAAGAUGAAUUUGUGAAAUCGAGCAUGAUUAAGUGGGCACAAGGUGUGGGUCACAAUAUUGAUUAUGAAUUAUGGGGAAAGUUGUGGAAAAUAAAUAUGAAAUUCACGACAUGUUAUGCGAUAAAAGAAAAUAUGAUGAAAAUGACCCACAGGUGGUAUUUAACACCCACCAGAUUGACGAAAAUGUCUAAAAAAAGAAAAAGGUAUAUGUUGGAAGUGUAAUGAAAAUGAGGGGGUUUUUCCGCAUGUGGUGGUCCUGUAAAGUAAUUAAGGAAUAUUGAGAAACUAUAUAUAAUGAAUUUUUUAAAAAAUAAUUAAGAAAACUUUCCCCACCUGUGAUGUCCCAAAAAAACAAAAGAGUUUAUUACUAUAUGCCACUGCCGCAGCUACCGGUAGAACCUUAUCGGCACAAGGGUAGAGAACAAGUAUAGUACCCACUAUCCAUUCUGAAGGAAACCAGCCCUGAGUGCUCACUGGAAGGACAGAUCCUGAAGCUGAGGCUCCAAUACUUUGGCCACCUCAUGAGAAAAGAAGACUCCCUGGAAAAGACCCUGAUGUUGGGAAAGAUGGAGGGCACAAGGAGAAGGGGACGACAGAGGACAAGAUGGUUGGACAGUGUUCUCGAAGGCACCAACAUGAGUCUGACUAAACUGCGGGAGGCAGUGGAAGACAGGAGUGCCUGGCGUACUCUGGUCCAUGGGGUCACGAAGAGUCGGACAUGACUAAACGACUAAACAACAACAAGGAAGAACGACACUGUAAAAUGUUUCAAUAUGCCGAACUGGCUGCUCUGACGAACAGGAUAAGAGAAAAUAAAGAUAAGUAAUACAGGGAGGAAUGGAUAAUGUUUAUUGAAUAGUUUAAGAACCAGUAUAAACAAAUACAUAGCUUAGCAGAUCUUGAGUACAGUGGUACCUCGGUUUACAAACACAAUUGGUUCCGGAAGUCUGUACUUAACCUGAAGUGUACUUAACCUGAAGCGAACUUUCCCAUUGAAAGUAAUGGAAAGUGGAUUAAUCCGUUCCAGACGGUCCGUGGAGUACUUAAACUGAAGCGUACUUAACCUGAAGUGAACUUUCCCAUUGAAAGUAAUGGAAAGUGGAUUAAUCCGUUCCAGACGGGUCCGCGGAGUACUUAAACUGAAAAUACUCAAACCGAGGCGUACUUAAACCGAGGUAUGACUGUAAAUCUAGCAGAGUUGAAAUAGAGUUUUUAAUAGAUAACAAAUUGGAUGAUUAAAAAGAUGUGGAUUACACAGAGUAGUAGAAAAGCAAAGGAACCAGGAUAAGGGUGGAAGGGAAGUCAUAUGGUAUAUGUAUACAUGCUGUAAUUGGUACAAAGUUGUAAGUGGGACUGGGAAAGGGGAGAGAGGGGGAAGGGGAUAAGUAUGCUCCCUGUUCCUGUUUUUGAAAAUGCAAAUGAAAUAAUAAAUGGGGGGAGGGGACUGUAAUACAAUGCGAUAUUUAGGUAUAUAAAUAAUGCUAUUAUUCCGACGAGUAUACAUAUAAUUAUUAAGUCAUUAUAAUUUUUACAAGUGUGUUCCAAGUGUCAUCAUAUUUAUCCAUACACUUUUAUAACUCCCCCUGCUACCUUCUUCUGAAUUGUAGGGAGAUGCCCAGGCAGUGGGACAUCUCUGCAGCAUGCUGAGGAGACGUAACCUUCUCACUACACUUCUGAUUGCUUUGCCAUGGGGUCUUCUUCUUACAUUGUGGCAUCAGUACCCUACUACCCGCUACCUCAGCCUUCUGAGAACACAUCGCUCGCAAGGGAGGAUGGACUUUCAUCAGCUCAGCAGCCAGCUGUUGGGGCAGCUCCAAAAUUAAUCUGGAGCUAUGUGUACUCCAGGCCUCUCCCAUGGUCAGAGGCUCUGCCUGCCAUCUUUGUGAUCACCCCGACCUACAGCCGGCCAGUGCAGAAGGCUGAGCUGACCCGUGUGGCCAAUACUUUCCUCCACGUGCAGAACCUCCACUGGCUGGUGGUGGAAGACUCUCCCAGAAGGACCAACCUAGUAUCCAAUCUGCUGGAGAAGACAAGGAUCAAUUUUACACACCUGAAUGUUGAGACUCCCAAGAGUCUGAAGAACACUUUAGGGCUCCCAUCUCACAAACCGAGGGGCACGUUGCAGAGGAAUCUUGGACUGCAUUGGUUGAGGGAGAAAUUUGGCACCACACCGCCACCAGAGGGUGUGGUCUACUUUGCUGAUGACGACAACACCUAUAGCCUAGAGCUCUUUGAGGAGGCAUCACAAUUUUGUUUUCUUUCUGACAAGCAGAUGCGCUACACAAAGAGGGUGUCCGUCUGGCCAGUUGCCUUUGCCGGGGGCCUGAGGUAUGAGUCCCUAAAGGUGAGCUCAGCAGGCAAAGUGGUGGGCUGGAAGGUCGCGUACGACCUUAACCGGCCUUUUGCCAUCGACAUGGCUGGCUUUGCCAGCAGCCUCAGGCUGAUUCUGGAGAAGCCUCAGGCCACUUUCAAGCUGGACGUGAAAGAAGGUUACCAAGAAACUAGCCUGCUGAAGGAUCUGGUUACAAUGGAUGAACUGGAGCCCAGAGCUGCCAACUGCACAAAGGUCUUGGUCUGGCACACGAGGACAGAAAGGCCACGACUGGGUAAUGAAGGCGAAUACGGAUUCACAGAUCCAAAUAUGGAGGUGUAAUCGGGAAAUCAAUAAGAAACCAAGAAGAGACAAUGCAAUGCAUUUUAAGUUAUUAAAUGGUAUGGUGUAUUUUUGUUGUUGCUGAUUCUCUAAUCUAGUUCAAGACAGAUUCAAAGAGAAAUUAUAUUUCAAGAAUAAAUUUGGGGGAGGGAUGCUGAUACCUCCUUCAGAUAUCCACAAUCCUUUGCACAAACUUAAUUUCAAGCUCUGUUGAAGAUUGUAUUUAGCCGCGCGUUUAGGAAAAAAAUGCACUGGUUUAAUUUCUGAUACAGAUGCGUGAAAAUGAGAAAGACGGACCUUUGGCUGUGAAGAUAGCUUCAUGCAUGGUGCUUAGAUAGUCAGUUUAACAUUGUCAUCCCCCCCCCUGCACUACAGCUAAGCUCAGAUGAUACUCAGAAUAGCUACCGUACCCUUGGCAUGCUUCAAUGGAGACAGUUGUAGCUUUUAAAAAGCUAUCAAGUCAACUCUUAGUUCAAGAAGACCAAUAAAUAAAUAAAUCUGCAUUUAGAAAGGAAACCUGUGACCUUGAUAAGAACUUCAGUUCGGAUUGAGAAAACUAUGCCUGUUUAAUUGGGAUUUGAAAGGAUGGGAAGGAUGAAAACAAUGCAGUCUAAAAAGGAACUUAACAGUGAAACCUAUGCACCUUUACCCGGAAAUUUAAUAAGCAUGCACAGGGUUGCAGCCUAUUUAAUAUAUAGUACCACUUUAGAUCUGGAGGGACGUGCUUUAAAUAGAGGAUGGACUAUUGUCUUAACUCCACAACAACUUAAUACAAACAAGAGUAUAUCCUCUUCAUUUUAUUAGCAUCAUCACUUUUAGGGACUCUGGAGCCACGCCCUUUUAAUCAAAGUCAGCUUUUAUUCCACCACCACUACUGUCUAGCUAUUCAAAGCCCUAUUCAGACAUUCAAAAGAAUACCACCCCAUUUUUGUGCAGUUUUGUGAUUUCUCCCAUCCCCCACUGGGUUUACGGAACUGAAGUCAGUGGGAUUCUAGGCAAAAUGUUUGUUUAUCAAAGUAUUUAGAACCCGAUACCAGUGCAGUUUACAAAUGUAUAACACAGUACCUCUCCACACACUUACAGUUUAAGAAGACCUGGAAAAUAAAGGGAAAGGUCUUGAGUACAUGGAAUAAUCUGAGACUCAAAUGUUCAUACUAAUGAAACCAGUAUAGAACUAUUAUGAAGGCUGACUGGGAACCUGACUAUAAUGACUAUGACUAGACAAGCUUACAAGGUGAUGGUAGAAGAGGUCCAGACUGGAUCUGACUGUGGUAGUUUGGCAUGUUUACAUCCAGAACAUCCACAAUUAAUUAGAAAGGGGUGAGCCGGCUGAAGAUUCACUUCAGCAAGUGGAAGGAAUUUCACAGACGUGAACAACUUAGAUCUUAUGAUCCUAAUCAGGGGACUCAGCUAGACUGGUGUAGAAUAAGCGAUUUAUAUGUGUUGUAUGUGCAAAGUGGAUGGCGCUGUGGUCUAAACCACUGAGCCUAGGGCUUGCCGAUCGGAAGGUUGGCAGUUCAAAUCCCUGCAACGGGGUGAACUUCCAUUGCUCACCCCCAGCUCCUGCCAACCUAGCAAUUCAAAAGCACGUUGAAGUGCAAGCAGAUAAAUAGGUACCGUUCCGGCAGGAAGGUAAACGGCAUUUCCAUGUGCUGCUCUGGUUUCGCCAGAAGCGGCAUAGUCAUGGUGGUCACAUGACCCGGAAAAACUGUCUGCGGACAAAUGUCGGCUCCCUCAGCCAGUAAAGCGAGAUGAGCACUGCAACCCUAGAAUCGUUCGCGACUGGACUUAACUGUCUAAACCUUUAUGUGCAAUAUAACAGUGUGCCACCAGAUGGCGCUGUGAGGUACCAUUUUUUCUGUACCUGUUUUCCCUGUUUAAAUUUACAACGCAUUUAACUGAAACACUUCUUUGAUGUGUCUAGUUCCAGCACAGUACUUAUUUAUUAUUACUAUUUGUUAGGGCUGCCAUACGCCCUAACAAAGAAAGAAAUGAAACUGGUUCCAGGAAGCAGUGUCUGCAGUGAUGCUGCUGAUAAACAGCAAGCAAUAGGAAAAAGGAAGCAAACCAUGGAGAUGCUGACAGCAUGUUUUGAGGCUUCGCCAGGUCUGUUCAACCUUCUGCAGCUGCUCCUGCCGUCACCCACUGUUGUAUCUGGAGCUUUAAUCCUAGAAUAAUAGGCAAGUAGGGCUUUAUAAUGUAGUAUUCUGAUUGGCCGUGGGAGCCGUCCAAUCCGGCUCCAUAAGGGAAGUUUGAACCAGCCUAUCAGGUGUGACCUGGGGUGUGAACAAAGGAUAUAUAGCCAGGCAAGCACUGGCAGACACACCCGAUGACUGACUGUUUUUAUUACAAACUGAAAUAAACUCCACAAAACUGAAGGAUCUCUCAGAGUAUAUACUUCACUGGCAACACGGAUGGGAUUCCACUGAGCUGACCACAGUGCACCACACCACAGUUGACUGCUGCCCACAUCGCCUCAGUGCGCCGUGUAUCCAGGCUUCAGCUCUGGGACCCAAGGAGCCCAGAUGUCCACCAACUGCAGCUUCACGCUGUUCAGCCCAGCUUCAGGAGACUGGGAUGGGUACACUAACCGGUUCCAGUUUCUCCUAGAAGCAAAGGAUAUCACUGACGCUGCCAAGAAGAGGGUGACCUUCUUUAGCAUCUGUGGAGAGGAAACGUUUCAGAUCACACAGGUGCUCCUUGCGCCCCAAGAGGUUGUCACCGUUCCUUAUGAUACAAUCAUGGAAUGGCUGAAGGGGCACUUCUCGCCACAGCCCUUGGGGGUAGCUUGCUGCAGCACCUUCUAUUACAAGUGGCAGGCCCCUGGGGAAACCAUAACCGGGUAUGUGACCUCCCUCGGUCAUGCCGCCCGGCUCUGUAAUUUUAUAGAGUUUGGGAACAUGCUCAUGGGUGGCCCGAGGGACAAGAAGUUGCAGCAGUGCCUCUAUGCCAAGAAGGGCCUAACGUUCCAGCUUGCUCUGGAGGAAACCCUGGAAACCGAAGCAGCAGAGAGGUCUGUGCAAAGCUCCCAAGCGAGCCUAUCGUUCCAACCAAGGGCCUACUGCGAGGACCUCACAGACAGCUCAGAAUCCAACUUGGAAGAUGUACACCGAGUGCAGCGGCAAAAACAAGCAGUGCAUUUGCCACAAAUGCCUCGGCCACCGGUAGCAAUGGGAACUUAGAGGGGAGGAGUGUUGUCUGGAGCUUUAAUCCUAGAAUAAUAGGCAGGUAGGACUUCAGAAUGUAGUAAACUGAUUGGCCAUGGGAGCUGUCCAAUCCAGCUCCAGAAGGAAAGUUUGAACCAGCCUAUCAGGUGUGACCUGGGGUGUGAACAAAGGAUAUAUAUAGCCUGGGGUAUGGGAGGGGCUGACAAAGUAAGCCCUGAGAGACACACCCGAUGACUGACUGUUUUUAUUACAAACUGAAAUAAACUCCACAAAACUGAAGGUUCUCUCAGAGUAUAUUUCACCUACCCAGCUGCCCACCUUCCAAUUUACAUGUUUUGUACCCCCAGGCCCCCACACACCCACAAAAGGUAUUAAAAAUGGUGUCACACAGAAGCAAAGGAAUCCGAACAUUCCCACUUCACCUGACAAAAACAAAAACACCCCACCUCUGUUCACCCGCCGCUCUGAAGGCCUCAAACACACAUACGCACACCAACGUCUGAUGCUUUGGACAUGAUUCCCCAAAAUCAUGCAACAUCAACCAACCGCACAGGCUUCCUAGCUUCAAGGGUAACAUUUUGUCCAUUUGACAACCCUGUUUUUAUAUUGGCAUAGCAUUUGGGAGAGCCUUAAUGGAUAUUAAUUACCUUUAACGAAGGUUGGGUUUCUCUGAAAACCAAAAUAGGAUCAAAACAUUUUUGUGUGCGUUCACAUUGGAGUAAUUGGGGCAUUUGCUUUGGGCCAUGUUUGUUUGUUUGUUCAGCCUCCAAUCUUUCUAUUUACAUGGGCUAAGAUGGAAACCAUCUGAGUCUGUCUCUUCUUGGCUGACAGUUCCUGGGGACCAAUAAAAAGGGGGUUAUUGCUUGCAACAAAUGUUCCCGUUUGCUUCAAUGUUUGAUUAAGCACUCUGAAGCUAGGUUGUUCUGUGUAGAAGAGCACCUUGAGAAUUGUGUGCUAUCCACCUGUCUAGACUGCCGAUUAUGGCUAUCUAGAAAUGGCCAUGUUUUAUUAAAAAGUUAGUUAUGAGGAUUCAUGCAGGUUCUUCACGAUUCUUCAUUACACAAGUUUCUUGGUUUUGAGGUGCACCCAUCAAAGAACAGCAGGGGAUUUAUGACCAAGAGUCAAAUUAGCAGUGAAGCUGUCUGGGGCUGCAAGUUUGUGCCCUCACUCUACUUUUACUUUAAAAAUAAAAGCAUCCACCUCUUAUGGAUGAAAAGAAGUACUUAAAAAUUGGUGGUGUCAGUGGUGUCGCGGCGGCGGCGGCGGCGGCGUGCCCCAGAUGCCAUGUCUGGGGGCGGGGUGACAAGAAGGCACACUGCGGGGGCUCACAACAGCAUGAACAGCCACCGCGCCACCGCAACCGCACGUGGAUCCUCCAUUCGCAGUUGCAGCCAUUCGCAGAGGAGCCCAGUGCCAGAGGCAAACCGCUAUGUGCAGCGCAUGUGCAGUAUGUAGUGACACCGCACAUGCACUGUACAUAGCGGUUUGCCGCCGGCGUCACUCGAGCUCUGUACGGA